ACGAACAAUAUACAGCCAUGUGUUCGGAACAGCGUGUACGAAAACCCUUCAUCCAAGCGUUCCAGUUUACAAAUGGAAAAUAGAUACGUAUGGGUAGCACUUUCCUGCAGGGUAGUGUCAUUGUUUUUAGAGGAGGUACAGUAUCUUAUCACAAUCCCAUCGCUGGACUUCGUUUUGCCCUUUUGCCCUUUCACCUGUGAACUAAAGUUGGGCUCAUAUACCAGCUUAACAAGGUGUAACUACAUCAGACGUAACGCGUUUCAAAACAUUACCGUGGAUUCUGAUUCUGAUGUUGAACCGAAAUGAUCGACACCAAGUUAUUGCCAACAUUUGUUGCCGUGUACAAUGUUUUGCUUCUCUGUGCCAGUUGCAUACGUCCUGACGCCCAGCCUGUACCAUGGGAUAAGGUGACCCCGACUGUUGUGAACGACACUAUCAUUUGGCACAGUGGUUCUGAGGGAGAGAUUCACACGUACAGGACGCCCUCUAUCUUCGUCACGCCGAAUGGCACCCUCAUCGCUCUGUCCGGCGCACGGAAGUACAGCUCCAGUGACGUUGACCGGAAGUUUCUGGCGAUCAGAAGAUCCGAAGACAAAGGGAAGACUUGGCUACCCACUGAAUUCUUGGUGGAUGACGGUUACGAACAGGGUGUCCUCUUUCCCGGCACGCUGUUUGCGGACUUCGACUCGAACACGUUAUUUGUGAUGUUUAUUCACUGCCAGUUAAAGUGUAAAGUCCCCGCACUACUACUGAUCAACAGCACGGACGACGGGGUUACCUGGGGUCAACCCAGGAGCAUAAGUCCACGAUCGAACGGCUCCAGGAGUUUCCACCCUGGCCCAGGAUACGGGAUUCGCAAACGCCUCGAGCCACACAAAGGUCGGUUCGUGGUCUGUGCGCACGGACGGCCCCAGGACAGACCCAGAGGCAUCACGCUGUUGCUAAGCGACGAUGGAGCUAAAACAUGGCGGGAGGGAGCCUUCGUUCCCGACGGGCCUUGCAGGGAAGAUCCAGAGGAAAAGUUCUGGCCAGGAGAAUGUCAGGCUGUGGAGCUGGCUGACGGCUCCCUGCUCGUGAUGACCAGGAACAGAGGGAGGUGUUCGUGCUCGUGUAAGGCCUUCAUGCGCAGCCAUGACGGAGGACAGACCUUGCCUCUCCACGAUUUCUUCUUCGCCCGGGCCCUGAUCGAGCCAACUUGCCAAUCCGGCCUGCUGUACCACAGGGGUGUGCUGUUCUUCAGCGGGCCCAAUAGUACUACAGGACGAUACAACAUGACUCUGAAGUGGAGCUAUGAUGACGGGACAACCUGGGAAGGAGAGUUGCCCAUUUGGAACGAGAUGGCCGGAUACUCGGUCCUAGCAGAGGACCCUACAGACGACAGACACCUGUAUCUCAUCUACGAAAAGGGCGUCAAGAGUUCUGUGGACUUUGUAGCAGUCACUAAAAUUCAACUGUUCAACAAUAUUGCAUUUAACGGUAAAUGACUACGUAACGGAAAGGAAGACUGAAAGAAUAUUAAUUAUACAUAUGUGGAAAUAGGCUUUUGGUUUCUACCUGUGAGGAUAUAUUAGACAGAACAAAAUAGAAUGUUUUACUGUUCUGCUGUAAUGACCAGGAAAGACCUUAAUCUUUGAGUAAUAUAAUUUACAAGCGUUGACUGUCCUGUGGAAAGUGUUUCAGCACCAAGGAUAGGUAGACUAAUGCUCUAACACACACGCCCGCCUUAUAA